UAAUGAUCCCGCUGCACAUGCUCAUGAUAUCUUGACCUAUUACGACGCGGUGGAACUUGUCAAAAAGUACGUUGAUGAACAUCCGAAUACCGUUUUGAUCUCAAUUAGUGACCAUGAAUGUGGUGGAUUUUCUCUUGCUCGUGAUCCAGAAUAUUUAUGGUAUCCCGAACUAGUAUCCCGAGUAAAAAGCUCAUCAUUUGUCCUCUCGGAAAAGUUAACCCAGUAUUGGGAUAAUGAUCGUGAAAAAUAUGUCAGGAAUAAUAUAAUAAUAAAUGGAUUAGGAAUUGACAAUGCUACAGAAAACGAGAUCAGCUGGUUAUAUGGUAAUCAUACUCAAUUAGAAUAUGAAUAUUAUUUAAGCAACCUAACAA